AUGUCGGCGCCAUCCUCGCCGCGCAAGCAGGCUGUAUCUCGAGGUCACAAGCGCACAGCAUCCGAGAGCGCCGAUGCUGUUGCUGAACCAUCAACUUCAUCUAGUCCAUCAUAUGCCGAUUACGCAUCUUCCUCCACCCCAUCGCCGGUCAAACGCUCGACAUCCCGGCGCAACAGCCGCCAUUCGACGCGCACUUUUCAGAUAGCCGACAUCGACCAAGAUGAAGAGCUGGAUGCGGAUGCAGAGGAGGAUGAAGAGUAUCUUGAUCAGGAUGCAGCUGCUCUAGAGGACGCUGAGGGCGAGGCUGCUGCUGUAGAAGAACAGGCAGGAGAGGAGGAGGAUGAGCAAGUGCUACCCAGCGCAGUAGCCCCAGCACGUCGCUCGGCAAGGCCAAAAGGAGCUAAUCCAACCAACUGCUAUGCACCUUUACCCAACCUUUCCGAUGAAGAGAAGCAAGGCGAAGAUGAAACACCAUCGAAACGAAGAAGAGUACGCAAGGCUAAGCUUGCUUCCACGUCUGACGUGGACGAUGUUGAUCAAGGUCCUCCUCCGGCUGUCACCACAACACAAGCUACCUCAGCGAAGCAGCCUAUGGCAAAAGCACCGAGGCAGCAAGCGAAGGAAACAACUCGAAAACCAAGUGUCAAACCAUCCGAAGAGCCUGCAAUGACAGAAGAAGCCAAAGCGCACGCAAAAGCUCAAAAAGAGGCGGAGGACUUGCAAUCUCGUUGGACAGAAGAGUAUUUCGAGAUCGUCGAGCAACUUCCUCUCGAGGUGCAUCGAACCUUCGCAUUGAUGAGGGAGCUGGAAGGCCAGAUGCAGACGAGGGUGAGUGGGAUGGUGAAUGAUAUGACGGUGUAUCGAGAUGCCAGGGUGGAGUUGCAGAAGCGGAUCGAUGCGCCUACUCCCUCUGCUACAACUUCCGAGCCCGAGGAAGGAGACAAACGAGGUAACGAGAAAGCAGCGAGUGAGGAUGAAGCGGAAAGCCUGUCGGGUGGGUCGCAAGAAACACCUGCUCGUGAUGAUGAUGUUGUUGUCAUGGUGGAAGAAGAGGAGAGAGUACUGGAUAAGGAGGGGCGCGUGCAGUUACUUAGAUCGAUUUCAGCAUCAGCGAACGAGUCCGUCAAAUCAGCAGAAGAGAAGAUGGGUCUUGCUGCUACGGCCUACAACUGGAUUGAUAGGCAUAUUCGACGUCUUGAUGCUGACAUUUCCAAGCUCGAAAGCAGUAUCCUCCUUGGUCUUCGGACAGGAACGGAAGAGUCGAGAGGUGCAAGAGAGGCGCUUGGCUUGCCAGUUGACGACCAAGCCACCACCGACGCAGCUGCAAAACAAGCAGACGGGGAGGAGCGCGAAGCAGUGGAAGGUAUCAGUGCAGAAGCCGAGUCCGCGUCCCUCGCGAAAGCUGCUGGAGCUGCCAAUCGCGCCCCGUUUUCUGGCAGACCAAGUGCUCGCACCACCCCUAAAAUGGGUGGUCAAGCUCAACUCCCUCCCCUCUCCCCACAGACCUCGGUCCGAUCUCGAACACGAUCUCGCUCAAGAUCCACAUCUGCAGCUCCAGCACGCAAAACUACCGCCUCACCAUCUACCACCACCGCCCCACUUCCCAGAGGCACAAGAAAGCGAAAACCAAGACCACUCUCACCACAAAAAGGUGGUCGUCGUUCAGCACCUCAAUCUCUCAUCUCAAACAUAUCUCAAACACCAAUGGCAACAGUCGGUCCUGAUACGUCCGAAAUGCCUUACGACCCUACGGAGCCCAAGUAUUGCUACUGCGAUCAGAUCUCUUUCGAUGAAAUGGUCGCAUGCGAUAACGAAGAUUGCACCAUCGAAUGGUUUCAUUAUGCUUGCGUUGGUUUGAGCAGUCAACCCAAAAACGAGUGGUUUUGUCGCUUUUGUGCCCCCAAGGGAUGGAAGGGGGAAGGGAUGGGUGUUCCGCCGAAUGCAAAACAUAAACCGCCAGGGUUUAAGAAAGGGGUUGGGAUCAAGCCGUAG